AUGAACGCGGCGGCCGCCGCCAAGGGGCGCGACAAGGUGGUGCUGGAGUCGCGCGCGUCCAAGGCGCGCGGCGCGCUGGACUCCGCGCUGGAGCGGGCGGCCAGCAUAGAGGCCGCGCCGCUGCCCAAGAUCGAGGUGGGCAGCUUUGAGGAGGUGCUGAUGCGCAUGUCUGCCAGCGAGGGGGACGAGCUCUCAGCCUGGAGUCAGGUCAUGUUCGUGGCGGGCGGCCUGCUGCAGUCAGCGGCCAGCAGCGGCGAGAGCAGCGCGGUGUCCUUCGACUACCUGGCACUCAACCUCCUGGGAUGGGUCGCCUACUCGACGUUCAAUGUUGUCAUUUACACUGUCUUUGAGUGCCCCCCCGCAAAGCACGAGGGCGUCAAGGCAGCGUUCCUGGGUGCAGGGCCCCGGGCGGCCGACGUGCUGGCGGUCGGGACAACCGACUUCUGCCAGUUUGCCGUGGAGUACAAUGACGUAGUUUUUGCGGUCCACGCGCUGAUCGUGACCCUGGUCACCGCCGCCCAGUGCAUCAUCUACCCGCGCGGCAAGCAGCGCGUCCACCCCGCCGUCCUGACCGGCAUCGCAGCUGCAGCAACAGCCGCCGGCGUGUACGGCGCGGCGAUUGCCGGCAAGCAGCGGCUGUUUGAGCAUGGGCUGCUGUCUGUGCGCGCGUGGCUGGAGCCCUGGCUGGAGUGGGUGCUGUGGCUGUACUUCCUGUCGUACAUCAAGAUGGUGGUGACGCUGCUGAAGUACAUCCCUCAGGCCACGUACAACUGGCGCCGCCGCAGCACCCAGGGCUGGUCGAUCCUCAACAUCCUGCUGGACUUCAUGGGAGGCAUCCUGUCUCUGGGACAGCAGCUGCUCACCUGCCACGUCACCGGCAACUGGGACCCAAUCACCGCCAACCCGGUGAAGCUCGGCCUCGCCGUCAUCUCCAUCGGGUUUGACGUCGUCUUCAUGACUCAGCACUACAUCUUGUAUCCGCCCCACAAGCGCCUGCUCGGCCCCGACGGCAAGCGCGCGUCGGCGGCGGCGCAGCGGCGGGUCGUGUACGUGCUGCGCGCGCUGGCGGAGCGGCCGGAGCGGCUGCCGUACCAGGUGGCCGAGGACGCGCUCUUGACGCUCGGCGACACCGGCGUCGACGUGGCCGACAGGAAGGCGCUCAGCAGCUACGCGGACCUGCCGCUGACGCUGCCGCCCGGCGCGCUCGAGCGGCUGCUGGCGGCGGGCUGGGCGACGGCGGAGGACGAGUCUGACUUGGAGAGCAGCAUCGACGGCAGCGGCGCGUGGCUGGCGGCGGGCAUUGCCGACGGGGACGUGCGGGAGCCGCUGCUGUCGCACUCGAGGGCGAGCCGCGGCAGCAGCAGCGGCGCGGCAGGCCCCGGCAGCUUCUACCUGCCUGACGUGGAGGUGUUCGUGGGGUCCGCCCCUGGCAGCAGCCGCGUCGGCAGCAGCGGAGCGUCGUCUGCAGCAGCCACGCCGCGAGCACUGCAGCAGCAGCAGCACCAGCAGCAGCAGCACUAG